GUGUUUGCCAAUUUGCUUAAGAUAAGAUGAAAAUGCUGUUGACCUCUUGGUCGUAACAACUUUCGUUCUCAAAAUGCUCUUUUACGAACUGAAAAUAGUUUGCCGUAAUUUUUUUUGCAUAUUCUUAAUCACGGCUGACUAGUUGUUAUUAACCAUGUCAUUAUGUUUCAGUUAAAAUUGUUAUAAAAUGUGCCUUUUGUCUGUCUGACGGUGUCAUUUCUGUGCAGAUUCAUCGACAGAAGUAUUAUAAGUCAUCAAUAUAAUGGCAGAGGAGCAAAAUGAGAUUUUGUUUGAAGUUGUGCCUCUGAAUAGUUCUAAUUUAUCGUCCGAGAUUUUAUCCGAAUUAUGCAACGUUGCAGCCAUAUCAAAAAUAUCGAAUGGAAUAGCUUUCAUUUUCCCGGAAAAAGUGAACCCAGCACCAACUACACUGCUACCAUCGCCAAUGCCUCGAUACAUGUUUAACAGACUGAAAGAACUGCAGACUGACUUCAAUGAUUUGUAUCAUAACGUGGCAAUGGACUCCGAGUUCCUAGCAACCAGCCUGGAAAAGGUCGUGAAUGUAGACCCUUUCUGUGGAAAAUUGAUGAAUAUCAUGAAGAAACGAGAACUACUGGAGAAUGAAGGGCGACUGCACAAGUGUCAGCUGGGUCUGUUCAGAGCAGAUUACAUGUUCGAAGAAAUUGGAAACGUGGGUGGCUCUGAUGGCCAUAAGUGGAGGGCGAAGCAAAUAGAGGUGAACACAAUAGCAUCAAGUUUCCUCGGCUUAGCUCCCGAAGUCGCCUCCUUGCACAAAAGUGUCAUUAGUCAUCUGGCCGGUUGCAGUGUACAGCGAAGUCGUAGUGAACCUCUUCAAACUAUUUCACUGCCAAGAAUUAACAGCAGCCUCGAAGGUAUAACUCAAGGUCUAAUCAGCGCACACAAUUACUACUGCGAAUCAAUUUCACCUUCAGCCUCAUCAGAUAAUAGAGCCAAUAUUAGUGAAGCCGUUGCUAAGUGUAUUGUGAUGGUGGUCAGUGAGACAGAGAACAACCAUAUUGAUCAGAUCAAGCUCAAAGAUAACAUCACAAACACCAGUGGCGUGCUGGUAUAUCGGAUGACGUUAGCUCAGUUGGGAAAUAAAGAGGAGUGUUGGGUGGAUGAAGAGAAUGGAACAUUUCUAAUGCACCGUGGAUGCGCAGAAGUGUCGGUGUUCUACUUUCGAACUGCAUACAGUCCGGAGCAACUAAAGACCCAACAAGAGUGGGCAGUGCGUGAAAACAUGGAGCUUAGUUUGGCCAUCAACUGUCCUUCAGUUCGAUAUCAACUAGCUGGCACGAAGAAGGUUCAGCAAGUGUUGGCGUGUAAAGACUCAGUGGAGAAAUUUGUAAAGGAUGCCGAAAUUGCACAAAAUAUCAGAUCCACUUUUGCACAGUUUCUCCCGUUGGAAUCAGACGAUAAAGCUACAACUGAAUUAUCAGUAAAAACUGCCUUAAAGAACCCGUCAAAAUACGUCCUGAAGCCUCAAAGAGAGGGUGGAGGCAACAACUACUUCGACCAAGACUUAGUCGACAUGCUGAACAAGUUCGAACACUCAGACGAACUAAACGCCUACAUACUCAUGGAACGAGUAUUUCCAGUCACCAAUCAAAAUAUCAUGGCAUGCUGCAACUAUGGAGGAUUUGGGUCAGAAGAUACGACAUGGUCUCGUGUUGUCAGUGAACUGGGGAUUUACGGAGUUAUUUUAUCAGAUAAAGAAGGAAAGGUCAUAAUAAAUAAAGAAUCUGGUCACCUUUUGAGGUCAAAAGAUGUCUCCAAAAAAGACGGAGGUGUCGUGGCUGGCAAUGCAUGUUUAGAUAGUCCAUAUUUUGUCUGAUUUUAAAAGCAGUAGAUUCCAAUAACUAUCAGUACUCCGUACAAAAAAACUAUAUAUCAGAGUUUUUGUAAUUUUAAGUUGAAUGUAAAAGUUUCAAUUAGAUCGCAAUUUUCAUCAACAUGUGCAUUAUGAAAUAGGAAUUAAAUCUGUUAAUCAAUCUCAAUGUAUCGCACUACCUUAGAGUGUCUAAAAGUGACCGAGUUAAGGUCAUUUAUUUCAGCAACAUCUGUUA